AAGUUGAGCGUCCGCACUGCUAUUUUAGGUGUGCAGCUAGCGCUAUGAAGUCAGCGAUGUCUUUUUUUGUCUUCUGUUGAGCCGUAAGAAUCAACGCUGCUAUUAUGGUUUGCCGAUGUUUGAUCACAUAUGAUUAAACGCCACAAUAAUAUAAGGCUAUUAGGUAGCUUGUCUGUGGAAAAAACUGGCUUGGCGUAUAUUGCGAAGAGAGCGGACAUAUCUUCUCAAAAUAUUUUCAGCUGAACACCCAUUUGUCUACACUGGCCAGCAUCCAUAAGAUCUACCACACCCUACACAAGCUGAACCUGACUGAGGACAUUGGACAGGAAAGCCACAAAUCAGUGUGUUGUCACCGCGCCAUGCCUCCCAGGAAGAAAAGAAGACCAUCUUCUGGUGAGGACAUGUCUGCUAAGAAGAGUCGACAGGACAGUGUUUUCAGGAAACAGGAGUCCACCCAGAUCCGUGAGGAGGAGCUGUUCUCCAGCAAGAGGUGUCUAGAAUGGUUCUAUGAAUACGCAGGCUGUGAUGACGUUGUGGGCCCAGAGGGUAUGGAGAAGUUCUGCGAGGACAUCGGAGUGGAACCAGAGAAUGUGGUGAUGUUGGUUUUGGCAUGGAGGCUGGAUGCUCAGAGCAUGGGGUACUUCACCCUCCAGGAGUGGCUGAAAGGAAUGAGCUCACUGCAGUGUGACUCCACAGAGAGCCUAAGGAACUCUCUAGACCACCUGAGGUCUGUGUUGAACGACACCACCAGCUUUAAGCUCAUCUACAGAUACGCCUUCGACUUUGCACGGGAAAAAGAUCAGAGAAGUUUGGACUUGAACACAGCCAAGUGCAUGCUGGGACUUCUCCUGGGGAAGACGUGGCCCCUGUUCCCUGUGUUUAAUCAGUUUCUAGAGCAAUCAAAGUACAAAGUCAUCAACAAAGACCAAUGGUGCAAUGUGCUGGAGUUUAGCAGAACAAUCAACUUGGACCUCAGUAACUAUGACGAAGACGGUGCCUGGCCUGUGAUGCUGGAUGAGUUUGUGGAGUGGUACAAGGAGCGACAGAUCUCAUAGCUGCAGUGCAGAGCCAACCAUCCAAGACUUAAGACAAAAGGUGAUAGUGACAACGACGACUAUGGAGAAAAAAAACGAAAAACCAUAAACAACAACAACCAAUGAGUAAAACAAUACAAACUUUGUCAAAGGUGUAUAUGUGAGCACUGUUGUGGGCUGGGGGGGAUUGGGAGAUUGGGGUGGUCUCCGAGCAAUGAGUACGGAACGGGUAUUGUUUUUUUAAGGGGACGGGGAAUGGGUUGAAUCAGAGUGUUAAAUCUGGGGGGUUUUGACCCCCCCUUCCCCCGUGGGGAUCAAGGCUGUGAUUUGUGAAAUAAUGAUCCUCGCCACCAGUGUUGCAUUGUGGGUGAAGGCAUGGCUAAGAACCCCCAGCGGCAUUGGUCGCCCUCACUGUGACAUCAUAGUUGCAUCUGUGUAUGUGCGUGGAGAACAGGGUGUUUGGAAUGGUGAUGAUGUAGGCAGAGAGGAUGAUAGGUCUCCUCGAUGGGAAACUAACGGAAGCACCGUUCACGUUGUCUUAAAUAGGGGCUCUUUGAACUUUGCCUCAUUAGAAUAUUCUGCAUUAAAUCCUGUGCUUGUUUUUUUUAUUUUUUUUGCCAAUUUCGAUUGUGUCUCUGAGGUGGAAAUUGACUAUUUCCAACAAGCACAUGGCGUCAAAGAAGUUAAUAUUUUACGAUCAUUUUGUGCCAGUAGUUAUUGAGCCCAGGCUCUGGUUUGCUUAUGACUUUCUAAUGACUCAGCGCAGGCAAACCAGACCACUCCCCCUCACCACCACACCGACCCCUCCACCCUCACUAAAUCAGUCAUCAAUGCUGCUUAUUAACUUAGAUUAAUGCACAGCGGUCAGCCACUGAGACGUGGAACGCUAGCUAUCGGUUCUUUGGCCAUGUUGUUAAUGUAUCCAUGCUGUGUUGGAUAGGAGUCUUUGUGCCUCAAUACACUUAACUGUCUCUCUCACUCACACACACACACACACACAAACACACACACACACACACACACACACACACAGGUCAGGGAUUGCUUCAGGACGACCAUGGACUGUUGGGGCCCGUGUACGUUUUUGGGACGAAGUGAAUAUGGACGUCCAUUACGUCUUCCUAGGUGACAUCUGGUCGUCCUCCUGGGCCCACGAAGCUUCAGGUCCGAUAUUAACUUGUAGCGUGGCCGACACGGACAGUGUUAGUAGAUCCACAGCGGAGGGCUCCAGAACCCUCCCAGGACGCCUUGGAGGUGGGUUUGGGUUCUCUUGCGUAGGAAAGGUAAGGUAGGUCUGUUGGAUCAUUGCUUUGUAUUAUAUCACAGCGGUCCUAAUCUCAAACCCGAGGUUGACAACGAUUCAGGGGGGGAGGGGGGGCAAAUGUAUGGAGGCUACGCUGUUAUUUUUGCCUAGUAUAACGUUCUCGUAUAAAUUCUAGUCUUUGGCUGUGGUGUAACGCGUUGUCACAGGUUUUGAUAUUUGCAUGCACGCUCUUGUCAGCCUUCUGUGAAUGGAUGAGGUCCCCUUUUUGUAAGAAAACGUUUUGUACAGGAAUUAGUGAGAACUUUUUGUGCUUUUAAUUUGGUAUUCAAGAGUCCGAAGACUUUCUCUGAGACCCCUGAUAUGGUGUCCGUUAAGACCCGGAACGGACCUUUUAUCCUCAGUGGAACUGUAGUUCCCUCCUUCAUUCGGCCCCCUGUGGCAUAUCAGUGCACAUUCUGUAGAGGUCUAUGACGCAACCUCCAGUUUACAGCGUCACUUUUUACCCAAUGGGAGGUUACAAGCUGCAUUGGAAUGUUGAACUUCAUUGGUACCUUUCAUAAAUGGACAUAAAGAUUUGUCAGCGUUGAAGGUACAAAAAAAAAA